CGAUUUCUCUUUCUUUCUGGUCUUUCUCUGUUCCAGCAAAUUUGCUUCUGCUGGGAAAAUUGGGUCCCUUUCCUCCCGGCGAUUGACGCCGUUGGAGAAUUGGGUCUGUUGGGUUUUGUUUUUAGUUUGGGGAUUUGAGUUGGAAUCGACGGAUAUGGUUAUGUCAGUGGUGUCGCCGAGGAGAUCCAUUAGAGAUACUUUGUUUCAAAGUGUUGGCGUCCAUUAUGGUCAACAGAAGAAGUGCUCUUAUGGGUGUUUUGAGGAUGAAGGAAUGGUGGAGCUUGUACAGAUUGGAGGUGAGAGGACCAAGAAUGUGUUGAUAUUGAUGAGCGAUACUGGUGGUGGUCAUCGAGCUUCAGCUGAGGCCAUCAGGGACGCGUUUAAGUUGGAAUUCGGUGAUGAAUACAAGGUUGUUAUUAAGGAUGUGUGGAAAGAGUACACUGGCUGGCCAUUGAAUGACAUGGAGAGGUCAUACAAAUUCAUGGUGAAACACGGGCAACUCUGGAAGGUUGCAUUCCAUAGUACCUCCCCUCGAUGGAUUCACUGUUUUUAUCUAGCUGCCAUGGCUGCCUUCUAUGCCAAAGAGGUGGAAGCUGGCCUGAUGGAGUACAAACCAGACAUUAUCAUUAGUGUCCAUCCUCUCAUGCAACAUAUUCCUCUCUUGGUGCUUAAAUGGCAGAGCCUUCAAAAGAAAGUGGUAUUUGUUACUGUCAUUACAGACCUCAAUACCUGUCAUCCCACAUGGUUUCACACCAGUGUCACCAGAUGCUACUGCCCAUCAGAGGAGGUAGCCAACAGGGCUUUGCUAGAUGGCCUAGAGUCUUCUCAAAUACGUGUGUUUGGCUUGCCCAUCCGACCUUCCUUCUGUCGAGCAAUUCUUUCUAAGGAUGAGCUAAGAAAAGAGUUGGAUAUGGACCCUCAAUUACCUGCAGUUUUACUGAUGGGAGGUGGUGAAGGAAUGGGUCCUGUAAAGAAAACUGCAAAAGCUCUUGGCCAAGAAUUGUUUAAUGAAGAGUUUGGGAAGCCAAUUGGGCAAAUUGUUAUUAUAUGUGGCCGUAAUAAAUCCCUUGCCUCUACCUUAGAAUCAAUUGAGUGGAAAGUCCCUGUGAAGAUAAGAGGAUUUGAGACCCAGAUGGAGAAAUGGAUGGGUGCUUGUGACUGUAUUAUUACAAAAGCGGGGCCUGGUACAAUUGCAGAGGCUUUGAUAAGGGGGCUUCCCAUUAUCCUCAAUGACUUCAUCCCAGGACAGGAAGUUGGCAAUAUCCCUUACGUGGUAGAAAAUGGUGCUGGUGUCUUUUCCCGAAGCCCAAAGGAAACAGCUAAUCUCGUUGCUGAGUGGUUUAGUUCCAAAACAGAAGAACUCAACAAGAUGUCUGAUAAUGCACUGAAGCUAGCACAACCAGAUGCAGUGUUCAACAUUGUAAGGGACAUUAAUGACCUCACACGUUCACGUGGCCCUCUAACCAGCAUCCCUUAUUCACUGACCUCAUCAUUUUCAUACGCAGUCUAAUCCAAUCCAUCUUCCAAUGGGACUAACGCAUAUCCUACAUGUGUGCUAUGUACAGCUAGUUUUGAUAUCAUUCUUUGACCUCAAGUGGCAUUGUUUGCUAAUAAAUUUUGUAAAUUUUCCCCAAAAUAGGCAUAGUAUCUUUUUCUUUCUUUCUAGGGUGUUAGUUUGUAUUGGGGUCCCUUGGGAGGUGUUUUGAGUGAUGAAUGUAAUUCUGUAUCUUAUAUAGCCCCAGCUUCCUAGGUGAGUUUGGUUUGCUGCUUAUUCAGUUGCGAUUUUACUUUUGC